AUGCCGACACCAGCAGCGACCACUGGAGUGGCAUGGCACCCGUCGCUGACCUCGGAGGACGACCGCACGUGGGUCCAGGACCUCGUGGAGCGCCACAGGGAGCACUCUCUGGUGUACGCCUGGUCCGAGGCCUGUGAGAAGCUCAUCGGGUCCUGUUGGCAGAUCCCGGUCUGGACCCACGUGCAGGUCAUGAAGGGGCGGCACGGCAACGCCAGGGACCAGCACGCGAGCUUCCGGCUGUGGGUGGCGCCUGCAGUUCCAGGGUAUACCGCAAUGUGGAAGCACUGGUGCAGCGUGCACCUCCGGGAGUCUGGGUGGGAGACGUGGGUCAUAGCGGGUUCCCGAGGUAAGCACUCCCUAGCUAUGCGGCCACGAAGUGGAAGUGUGGGCUUUGAGGACGUGGCUUUCAAAAUGGUUCUGGGCGCCUCGCUCACUUAUACGCAGACAUCGGCGAGUACUGGCCCCGGCCCCGGGCACAGAUCGGACAGGUGA